AUUAGGAAACAGAAAGGUGCUAAUGGCUGUACAAGAGUUAUUUGUUAAUGUUUUUAACGGAUUAGGCUCCUGAAUGAAUAUAAAAAGGCCUGGCACUUUGACAGGACAAUGACCUUGGCUAAAUGUUAUCUCCUCUCUGCCCCUGUGAUGUGCUCUGAUGAUCAGAGGAGCUGUUGAGAUGCCUGGAAUGGUCAGGGGUCAUCAAAGGGCAGCUGUCCACUAUAAAGGGGCCUGUCUGCAGCUCAGACUGCACACAGCAGCCUGAGACCAGCUGGAGGAAGGAAGGCAGGCAGCGAGGAAGGAAGGAGCUCUUGUGUAGAUUUUGUGAGUUUUUGGCUAAAAUGGAAACCAGAACGCUGACCGUUCUCUGCACACUCGUGCUCAGCUCUUGGGGGAUUGUUUUCUCCACCCAGGGCCACAGAUAUCGCACAGGCCUCGAGAAACAAUUAUCAUUCAGAAAUCUCUCGUCCAGUCAUCGCAGCAGAUACCCUCUGUACAUGAUGCAGCUGUACCGCUCCUUCAGAACCGCUGACUCCUCAGUGCCCGUAGCUGUCAACGCCAUCACUUCACAUGGGGACAAACCGUCAGCUUACAGCUCUGAUUCUGUCCUCAGUCUAAUGGCCAGAGGUUGUCAUCAAGUGGGUGAAAGAUGGACCGUCACGUUUGACAUGUCAACCGUCUCUACCAGUGAACUUGUUCAGAUGGCAGAGCUGAGGAUCAGACUGCCAGCUUUCUCUGCCUCAAAACGAGCCACUGUGGAUUUAUAUCACUCCGGAAAGCAGACCUGUGACCUGAGCAGCACAUCGUGCCACGACGAGCCCCUUUUCCUGGGGAGUUUUAACACUUCAGCGAGCAGCAAAAAGUCUUCCUGGAAGGUUUUUGACGUGACUGCACUGUUAAAAUACAGGCUGUUCCAAGGAGAUGGGGUCUCAAGCCAGGAGGCCUCAGGAGAUUCUGAGGCAGAGCAUGGGAGCGGUGCCGGGGAAGACAGGGGCAAGUCUCUCUUCAAGAAUUUGGAAGCGAGGCAAAGAAAAAUACAUCAUCCAAUAAUGAACCGGGUCAUGAUGGUCGUCUUCUCCAAGCAUAACCUGCCUCAGGAAGGCCAUGCAGCGUACAGUAUCAUUCACACUGUGGAGAACUCAAAAUAUGUGACCAUGGACAGAGACAGCAGUGAAAGUCAAAGUCGUCGCCACAAGAGGAACAGGAUGGAGAGGGUGAGAGUGGCUGCUGGAACCGGACCGACAGCAGAGCCGGUCCAGAGGCCGCUGUGCCGGAAGGUGGACAUGUGGGUGGACUUUGAUCACAUUGGCUGGGACGAGUGGAUUGUGCAUCCCAAGCGGUACAAUGCAUAUCGCUGCGAGGGAGAGUGUCCGUCACCGCUGGAUGACUCCUUCCAUCCCAGCAACCAUGCUUACAUGCAAAGCCUCUUGCGACAUCACCAUCCAGAAAGAGUGACUUGCCCGUCGUGUGUACCAACACGCCUCAGUCCACUGUCCAUGCUUUACAUCGAGAACGACGACCUGACCCUGCGGCAUCACGAGGACAUGAUCGUAGAAGAGUGUGGUUGUCACUGAAGGCCCAGCCGCUCUCACCGCAGUUACCUUCACAGAGCAUUGUAAUGAACUUUUCUUUAAACAUUAAUGCCGAUUUAUUAAAUCGCGAGUUCCUCGUGACUUCAUCCCAUAAUGGGUGAAUCACAACAACAUGGAGCUCCACUGUCCAAGCAUUUGAUCUAUUUAUACAUUGUGUAUAUUUUGUACAUAUAAUAUUUUAAAUAUAUUAAAACAGUUUAUUUUGACAAAAAGUG